AUGUCGGCGCGGCGGUGCGGCAACGUAGCACGUCACUGCGGCAGUUCCAGCUGCGACCCACAACUCGUCACUUCGACCCAGCUUGCCUUUUGUGCUCGCCCUCCGAGCUCCAAUCACUCGCCACUGCCCAGUUUCGAGGCCGUCCUCCAUUCCAUUCACCAAGUGUGUCGUCGAUUGCCUCCGAUCAGACGACCCCCGUCUCGCCGUCUCACGCCGCCUGCUUCACUACUGUUGAUGGCAGCUUCUAGCUCGUCCUUCGUAUCCGACCUGCCUUAUGGCCCGUUCUGA